AACUGAAACCAAAAUAACACGAACCAAAAAAGAAAGUAAAUAUCGAAGAAUUAAUAGGAGACGAGUCCCGUUCUCGUAAAAGGGGUAAGCGUGUGAAAGACCCGGCCUGUUUUAUCCGCGCUGCUAUGUGACAGAGCGGCCUGUUGUGUGUUUAUUAGCUUAGCUUAGCUUAGCUUAGCUUCACAGUGUGUCAGUGCGGCUGACGGUGUAAACAGACCAGUUACUAAAGGCUGAAGAUGAUGAUGUGGGAAUUAAUGCAGCUGUCGUCCAUGUAGCAGCGUUAUGAGUCUGUAGGUGGGAUGGUGUGCGAGCGGUGUGUGUAGCGGUAGCCGACAGCAUGGCCCACUUCGAUACAGAGUACCAGCGUCUGGAGGCGUCCUACAGCGACUCACCUCCAGGAGAGGAGAAUCUGCUGGUUCACGUACCAGAGGGCUCGAAAUCUCACUGGCAUCACAUCGAAAACUUGGACCUCUUCUUCCAAAGGGUCUAUAAUCUUCAUCAGAAGAACGGGUUCACUUGUAUGCUUCUGGGGGAAAUCUUUGAGCUCGUGCAACUGGUCUUUGUGGUGACGUUCACUGUUUUUCUGGCCAACUGCGUGGAUUACGACAUCCUGUUCGCCAACAAGUUUGUCAAUCAUACCGAAUCGUCCAAAGUGACUCUUCCUGAUGCUUUUCUUCCCGUGGACGUGUGUCACGAUCGGAUCCGUGAUAACGUCUUUGUUAUUUUCAUUCUGGUGAUAUCUGGAGUGUUCUGGCUCCAUCGCUUGGUCAAAUUUAUCUACAACGUCUGCUGCUACUGGGAGAUCCGUUCGUUCUACAUCAACGCUCUGAAAAUAUCAACGGCGGACCUUCCUUAUUUCACCUGGCAAGAGGUGCAGGCGCGGAUCAUCGAGAUCCAAAAAGAGCAUCAGAUCUGCAUCCACAAAAAGGAACUGACCGAGCUGGACAUCUACCACCGCAUCCUGCGCUUUAAGAACUACAUGGUGGCGAUGGUGAACAAGUCCCUGCUGCCCGUCCGUUUUCGUUUCCCCCUGCUGGGAGAUUGCGUCUUCUACACGCGCGGCCUCAAGUACAACUUUGAACUGAUCUUCUUCUGGGGUCCCGGCUCUCUCUUCGAAAACGAAUGGAGUCUGAAGUCCGAAUACAAGCGCGGAGGAAACCGGCUGGACCUGGCUGAUCGGCUGAGCUCGAGGAUCUUGUGGAUCGGCAUUGCUAAUCUGCUCCUGUGUCCCGUCAUUCUCAUCUGGCAGAUCCUGUAUGCGUUCUUCAGCUACACGGAGGUCAUUAAACGUGAGCCCGGCAGCCUCGGGGCCCGCUGCUGGUCCCUGUACGGCCGCUGCUACCUGCGCCACUUUAACGAGCUCGACCACGAGCUCAUGUCUCGCCUCAGCAAAGGCUACAAGGCGUCCUCUAAGUACAUGAACUGUUUUAUGUCGCCGCUGCUCACAGUGGUGGCCAAGAACGUCGCUUUCUUCGCAGGGUCCAUAUUAGCCGUACUCAUCGCUCUGACCAUAUACGACGAGGACGUUCUGUCUGUAGAGCACGUUCUCAGCAGCAUCACGCUCCUCGGGGUUUGCAUUACAGUCUGCAGGUCAUUUAUUCCUGACAAGCACAUGGUGUUUUGCCCUGAACAGCUGCUCAAAGUGAUCCUAGCGCACAUCCACUACAUGCCGGACCACUGGCAAGGCAACGCCCACCGUUACGAGACCAGAGACGAGUUUGCACAACUUUUCCAGUAUAAAGCUGUGUUCAUCCUAGAGGAACUUCUCAGUCCCGUCAUCACGCCAUUCAUCCUCAUUUUCUGCCUGCGCCGCAAAUCUCUGGAGAUCAUCGAUUUCUUCCGGAACUUCACCGUGGAGGUGGUGGGCGUAGGAGACACCUGCUCUUUCGCUCAGAUGGACGUCCGACAUCACGGCCAUCCAGCUUGGAUGUCUGCAGGGAAGACGGAAGCCUCGAUCUAUCAGCAGGCAGAGGACGGGAAGACCGAGCUGUCCCUCAUGCACUUCGCCAUCACUAAUCCUCAGUGGCAGCCUCCUCGAGAGAGCACGCAUUUUAUCAGCCAGCUGAAAGAGAAAGUGCACCGCGAGGCCACUGGGGGGCAGCAGGGGACCGCCGCGGAGAACCUCACUUCUGUUCACUCGCUGCAGUCCGAGUCCGAGCCUCGAAGCCUCAUCGCUAACCUCCUGGCCGGUCCGCCGUCCUUGGCCUCGUUGCACCUGGGUCGUGACGGCUCCAUCAUCAAUCACAUGCCCAUGGGAGUGAACGAGGGUGCGUCAGCCCUGCGCUCCCUCUCCCCCCUCAGCACCAGUCUGCACCUGAGGGCCAGCUACCUGUCCACCAGACCCCCCCGACCGGACCACCCUGCUGUGGCAGCAGGCAGAGCCAUGGCAGGAUCCGGCACUGAUGCUCGCACCAUCAGUUCCGGUAGCAGUGCGUGGGAAGGUCAGCUGACCAGCAUGGUCCUAUCAGAAUACGCCUCCACAGAGAUGAGCAUUCACGCCCUCUACAUGCACGAGAUGCACAAAAAGCAGUCCAGUGUCGAGAUCUCACGUCACACCUGGCACAGGCAGGAGAGCGACGAGAGCAGUGAGAGCGUCCACGAUUACACGGAGACAACACGCAACUUGUUGCCCCGCUCCAACACUUUCCCCUGCAACACCACUGCCAACCAGCAGGGGGCCACAGUAAAUAGCAGUGUCAGUCAGUACGGGGGAACUACAGGUGCUCGGGUUCAACGCACGGCCCGGAUGCCGAUGGGAGGCUGGGAGGAGAAGCCUGUAGCAGAGGAAGGCUCUGAAGAUGAGCUACCACCACACGUUCAUAAGGUUACAUAAUGAAGAACUUCUCAGAUCUUCGUCGUAACAAAGGGGAAAAAACACAGAGCAGUUUAAAAUGUAUAAAAUUUAUUCAUCCUUUUGACAGCACCGAGGUUCAAAACCACGCGUUUGUCUCUGUAAAAUACGACAAGCAAACGACUUCACUAUGAAAUCAGUGGGUAAAUAUUAUAGUUAUCACCAUCAUUAUAGUCAUCAUCGUUAUUGUCGAUUAUCAAACGAUUUACAUAACAUUUUAAAUCACUUGCGGUUAAUCAGUGGGACCUGAGAUUUGGUGUAGGUUUAGAUUGUCUGUUGCAGUUAGAAAGAAUAAUUUUUUGUUAUUAAGGUGUUUAAAUUACGCAAAUAGAGACACACGUCGGUGAUGUCGAUCAUCAGAUUUUACAGACAGGAGCAGGUUUGAAACUUAUUCCACGAAGCAUGACGCUGGCUGAAAAAACUAAACAAAACGGACGCUGCAACCUGCAUGUUCUUUACUCUCACUAAAGUUUGCACACAUGAGAAUGCACUUUAGCCUUUUUGUCAAAUCCAAAGGAUGCCGUUUUCUUUCCUCUCCAUACACUUCGUUUUAUUUUGUGCCACAGCGUGUAUAUAAUAUAUAUAUAUGUGUAAGAACUCCAACGAGGCUUUGUGGUUAGAGAGGGAACUGGUGCUCAAGUACAAUAUAGAACAUAAAUUAUUUACCUGAAUGGACUCACAGAACAUCGUUGCCAUAGGAAAGGUUUGUUUUAUGUUUUUGUUGCUCAUGUACAGAUUAUAUAUAUAUAUAAAGGAAAGUUGCAUUUGUGCUUACAUCAGAUAAAUAUCUCCAAAAUGCAGCUGAUGCAUGAACAUGUAAAAUCAUUUUACCAGAUGUGAACUAACCUAUGAGCUACACACGCACGUGUGCAUUUAUUUAUUAUUUACGUGUGCAUUGUCGUUUAUUUUGCCUUUUUUUAUAGACUUGAGUUGUAAUAAUGUAAAUUUGUACAGCUGUAAAUUCAUUAAUAAGGAGGCGUUCAAUAACUUGUGCAUUCAAAUCCAAACCUUGUGUGGUGAAAUUGUUCUUUAAUUGAAUUUUAACUUUUAUUUGUACAGCACCUUUAAUAAUAGAAAUCUGGACAUAGAAUUACA